AUGUAUCACUUGACUAACAUCACGUCGCAAAGCGAUCGAAUGGGUGUCUUCUUGCCAGCUGGCACCAUCUGGUUGGUGAGAUCGAGCGAUGCUGGAGUACACGUCCACUACACCGAAAUCUCACCGACACGCAGAUCUCGUCUCCAUACUGCGAAGCUAUCCCGUCCACCCGUGUCCAAGCCUCAAGCUAUCCAACGCGUGCGGCGCAAACUCCCCUUCAAGAUGGCCAAGAAAGCGAAGUCCCGUGUCAUGAUCGUCCGGCUCUUGUCCAUGGCCGCGACUGGUUACUUCUACACUGUCAAGCGUCUCCGAACAGCAACACCCAUGAGCUUGCUGAAAUACGACCCAAUCAGUAUGCCGACCCCUUUCUCCUCGUUCGGCGAAAGGUGCUUUUCUUGGAGCAGAAGAAGAAGGGGAAAUGAGCCUGCGCACUCUCGAUAUACCAACACCAUAUGUAACAACACUGAUAUCACCAUAAACGGCGUUCACGGCGGCAUACGAUUGGGGCUCGAAGACCACAUGGAUGAACUGUACAUCAUCAACCUGCAGUCCCUCAGACCUAUCGUCAGGGACAAGGCAUUGGCACGUCGGACUGUGCCCCAGAGGCGGAAAGAAAGCGAAGGCUUCGAUGGCCGCGACCUAGUUGUAUAUUCUAUCAAAAGAGAACAAACCUUGCGUAAAUGCAUUCCUCUGCAUGAUUCCACCCACAUAAAUAUUCAGUUCACGUCCAAGAAAACCAACCUCGAUGGAUGA